AUGGAACAGUAUCAGCAGUACGCAACACAACUCAAGGAUGAGGAGAAAGAUGACGAGCUCGAUAACUGGAUACCGCUGAAGCAGGAGCAAGACCUCGACGAGCGCGUUCCCACUGUCGUACCCAAAGCCGGAUCAUCUGGCGAGGGCACUCUUACCUCCUAUAGACGAGAGAAUAAGCGCAAUCGAUUUCGAGAGAUCCACCGUUCCACCGGUAAACGAGGACGCAGACAAAGAGACCCCCAGCGACUACCAAAGAGAGUGUACCUAGCAGAGAAAAAACGAAAAGCCGCGGAAAUGAGCCAUCAGCCCGGCAAGAAAGAGAUCCGGGUUUCUCAGAUCCAGCAAGAGCUCUCAGACACCCGCAAGAUGAUAGCAGAACUUAGAGCACGCUCACAAGCGGGUGCACUGAAUACAAAACCUUCGCCUCCUCGUCACGAACCCGAAGCGAUCGCUGUCACGAAGCAAGCGAAUACCAUAGCAGCGAUAAGAGCGGAUAUCACACGGCUGGAGCAAGAACUAAAAGAAGCGUGUCGACAGGGCGAGAACGCCAUACGUGAUGCCCGCGCCGCUGAUAAUAACGACGGCGAUGUUGAAGCGCUGGAGAAAGAGCUUGCGAGGGAGCAAGGGAAGGACAGGGCGAUGGUCAGCAAGCUGCAGAAAGCUCUUGAGAAGGAGCAGGACAGGGGUGGAGAAAUGUUUACUGGCUCGCGCAGUGUUGAUGAGCAGGAGGGUGGUGUGACGGGCUGGCAGGGAUAUCGUGGUGGACAGAGUGGAGGGGUUGUCAAGGUUGAGGAGGAUAAGGGUGAGGAAACGUAUACUGGUUCACGUAGUGUCUGUGAGCAGGAGGUUGGUAUGACAGGCUGGCCAGGAAGUCUUGAUCUACCGAUUAGGCAGCGAGUCAAGGUUGAGGAUGAGGUUAUGGGGUUUGAGAACGAGGAGUAG